CUCAUGUCUUAGAAUCCAGUAGGUGGCCCCUUGGCCAUGAAAUGUGUGGGAGUUGCUUUUCUGUAACUUUAUCCUUCUUUCAGUGGGAGGGAACUAUUGAAAGGAACAACAAGCUUAUAAAUACAUUAGGACCUGGAAGUCAGUUGACCAGCCACGACAGUGACAACGUUUAACAAAGCUUAGAGAAACCUCCAGAAGACUGCUAUCAUGGCAGAGAAACCCAAGCUCCACUACUUCAAUGCACGGGGCAGAAUGGAGUCCAUCCGGUGGCUCCUGGCUGCAGCUGGAGUAGAGUUUGAAGAGAUAUAUCUAAAAUCUGCAGAAGAUUUGGACAAGUUAAGAAAUGAUGGAUAUUUGAUGUUCCAGCAAGUGCCAAUGGUUGAGAUUGACGGGAUGAAGCUGGUGCAGACCAGAGCCAUUCUCAACUACGUUGCCAGCAAAUACAACCUCUAUGGGAAAGACAUAAAGGAGAGAGCCCUGAUUGACAUGUAUACAGAAGGUAUAGCAGAUUUGGGUGAAAUGAUCCUCCUUCUGCCCAUAUGUCCACCUCAGGAAAAAGAUGCCAAAGUUGCCUUGAUCAAAGAGAAAAUAAAAAAUCGCUACUUCCCUGCCUUUGAAAAAGUCUUAAAGAGCCAUGGACAAGAUUACCUUGUUGGCAACAAGCUGAGCCGGGCUGACAUUCACCUGGUGGAACUUCUCUACUACGUGGAAGAGCUUGACUCCAGCCUUAUCUCCAGCUUCCCUCUGCUGAAGGCCCUGAAAACCAGAAUCAGCAACCUGCCCACGGUGAAGAAGUUUCUGCAGCCUGGCAGCCCCAGGAAGCCUCCCAUGGAUCAGAAAUCUUUAGAAGAAGCAAGGAAGAUUUUCAAGUUUUAGUAAAGCAGCCAUGGAGGCCAAGAACAUACAAAACCAAUAUUCUGAAGUUUUGCAACAAUAAAGUGCUUUACCUAAGUGUUGAUUGUGCCUAUUGUGAAGCUAAUGAACUCUUUCCAAUUACAUGCUAAUUAAAUAAUACAACUCCUAUUC